GGUGUAUCGGUUUAAAGUGUGACCCUGUUAACUGGCGGACUUCAGCCAAGUGUCUCGCUGGUUGUCGUGGAUACAGAGUGCUUACAGGAGCCAGGUAACAGGGUCACACUUUAAACCGAAACACCUUUACAAGCGCGAGACGUCUUCCUGUCGCAAUACAUUAUCAAACAUCUUCUACAUAAUCGAUACAGCAACUGAAAAACAAAUUCCCAAACCUUAACUUUAUGGGGUUGUGAUUCAGUAUGGCCUGACUUUACAAACGUCUCUGUUUAAAUACUAAAAAGCAGCAGCCGCGUCAGCGACUAACAUCGUAACUUCAACGUUUCUUAUUCCUCGUGUUUCAGUCUUUGCGACAACCCUUACCUGUACAGGUGAGACUGGUAUUGGCUUAAUGUGGCAGUACAUUUCUGAGCAUUUAUCGCUGGGGUUAUCCUGCAGAUAUUUUUAAAGUGGUUGCAAAGAGUCAAAACGCGUCCUGCUGAAGAGGACGCCGCCAUGUUUUCCCUGGUCCUUCACUCAUUACCCGUCAUGCAUUUUUCCCAAGCACUAUUUUUUAAUUCUUAUUUUAUUGAAUGGUUAACUUAAAGAUUUACACCAUGGUUGUAAAUAGAAUGUCACCGAAGAAGGAUGAAAAAUAAAUUAAUAUCUUUGUCCCUGUCGAACAUGGCAGUUUCCGCUUCGCUCUUUCAUCAACCAAUCAGAAGAGUUGUUGUUGAGCCGUCUGCCCACAGUAGACAUGGUGGGAAUGAGCGUCCUCAGGUCUGCUGCUGCGUUUGCAGCCAGACUGAGUCCUCUGAAACCAGGGAAUAAUGCGGCGAAUUUGCUUAGCAGAGCAAUCUCAAGACCAGACAAAGGUAAGGGACACUCCGACUGAUGUAAGGUUCAUAGAUUUGUCCCUAAAGGUGGCAGACUCUUCUAUGACCUUGUGUCAGCCUCGUUAGCUUGUCAGUAGCUAGCUAGCGGGUAACAUUCUGCUGCCGACCAAAAGGAAAAAGCAGGCUUUGUACUCGCACUUUCUUGAUAUUUUGACAAUGAAAUAGUUAAAUUUUAUUGAAAAAUUCAACGUCACCGGUCAUUGCACUGUCUCAUGUUUUGUUUUUCAGUGGCUGUUCGCUUGGGCAGUGGAAAGAAGAUGUUUUACAUUGAACCCAGUUCGUACUAUGAUAAGAGGUUUUUGAGUCUGUUGGUAAGGUCUUUAUCAAAAUCUUGGUCAUUAUGUGAACAGGGCAAAUCAAGAACUUGUAGAAGCUUAGAUUUGGUGUGUGGCUAAGUAAAUUGAUGCCCAAAACUACCUUUUAUGAAGCGGUCAGUCUUUAUUUACAGCCAAAGCUGGCAGGUUUGUACGGUGGCCGAAAACUGCCACUUCUGUAUAUAAGAAAAAAGCGAAUUCACAAUAAAAGUUACCAAUGCAACAAAAGAAAAAGUAAAGCUUGCUGAAAAUAAAAAAACAAAGUGCAGAUAAAAAUUUUUUUUAAAAAGCCACAACGGAAGUUAACGACCCCCCAAAAAAUGAAAGAAAAGUAACAAAAAUAAAAGGAUGCAAAAAUGAGCCACAACAGAAGUGAGCUGCCGGGGACCAGUUAUGAUGAUGCAGUGGUGUUUGACGAUCCAGCCACGGAAGAUGACAGCGAGAAUACGAGCAAAGAAGUUAGUGGAAAGAUGAUUGCUUAAUUUCACUUUGUGCUUUUUCAAUGCGUCAUUUGGUUAGGCCAUGUAGGGCCUGGGUUGAUAUGAAGUUGAACUGGCAUCGGUAACUUCCUUUGUGACUACUUUUUUUAUUUGCAACAGUGGGGGUUCUCGGCCACCGUAGGUUUAGACAGUAAAGAAUUAAAUCAUUAAGCCUUAUAGAUAAAAAAUUAGGCCUCAUAACUAUGUAAAUAUGAUUCAACUCUUGAUUCCUCUUGAAAAUAACAUUAUCAUAUUUAUAAUUUAUGUUAAAAUUCAAGAUGCCAUUGAACUUAAAAUUAGCAGUGGAAAAAGCUACACACUGUCUAAACAUUGUUGAUUAUAUGGAGCCAGAAUAUCACCAUGCAAGGCUACAUGAAAGUUAACUGAGUUUUUUUCUGUCGAGUAAAGAUCCAAUCUUAAAAUCCAACUUAUAUAACAUUUCAGUAACAAAUAUUUCUUACUUGUUGGCUUGUAUUGACCCUAGUCUUCAUCAGCAGAAAUGUCCUGUAUAUAACCCCUCCCCCUCCCUUUUUUUCCCCCCAGCGAUUCUACCUCUUUCUGACGGGCGCACCAGUCCUUGUCACCAUCAUUGCUGUGAACAGCUUUGUUGGUAAGUGAGCUUGAAAUCAUUAUGUUAUUAUUUUUGGUUUGAAUUACUUGAUACUGGUCAAUUUAAUAUUUGAUUUUGUGAAAAGUUAUAAGUCACUUUGAGUCUUACCUUUGGUGAUUGUGUCAUACAGGUCAAGCAAAGUUGGUUGAAAUUCCAGAAGACUAUGAACCUGAGCACUGGGAGUACUACAAGGUAUGUUGUUGAUGUGUCACCAAUGAAAUUUGGCCUGGGAAAGAUUUAAGCAUUUAUAUAAUUUUUUUCUUGGACAUGACAGUAUGCACAGCUUGAGUAAUUGUCUGACUAACUGGUCACUUAAUUUAAACUUAAAUGAAUCAUAAUCUGAGGGGAGGAGUUUAAACAGUUUGUGUCGUGUGUGAAGGGUCUGCAGUGAUGCUACCUUCCUGUUUCCUGACCCUGGACUGAUAUAUGUCCUGGAUGGUGGGCAGGUUGGCCCCAAUGAUUUUUUCUGCAGUUGAUAGUCAGUUGCAGUCUGUUCCUGUCCUGCUUCGUGGCAGAGCCAAAAGCAGUCAUAAUUGCUUAUUUGGUCUUCAAAAAUGUACCAUUAUAUAAAAAAGUGAUGUCUUUUAUCUCUUUUCUAUGUCCUUGCAGAGUCCCAUAACCAGGUGGAUUGCACGGACCUUCUAUGAUUCACCUGUGAAGGACUAUGAGAAAGCGCUGGCUGCAAUCCAAAUAGAGAAAGAAAAGGCAGAUUUGAGGUGAGUGUCAGUGCUAUUCUGAUAUUUUUUUGAUUCAGCCACCAAGUUCUAAUGAUUAUAAACCAGAAAGCAGCUGUCCGACAUACAGACUUUUAGGAUUGAAGCAAGAUAUGCAGUGGUUUUAUUUCAUUUGAAAUGAACAAAUUAGACUGUUUUUACAUUUUGGAAGAAACAGAUUGCACUAUUUCCCUGCGUUUUUGUCCUGAACAGACUGGCUCAGCUGGAAGUGCGUCGACACAUGAGGCAGAGGGGGGAUGGCCCCUGGUUCAUAAAGGAGACCCUUGACAAGGAGCUCAUCGACUACAGCCCAAAGUCCGAACCUGACAACUAAUCUGGACAAAUAUGUCAUCAGUGCAUCAUGCCGAUCAGUUUUCCUGUUUGUACAUUUUCCCCUUAUUGCGUAAUAAAGUAUAUAUACUGUAUAUACUGUGAUAUUUU